AAAACCGGUACGAUCGCGUUUGAUCGAUAAGAAAAUCUAGUCCUGUGGCACAUGUUGGGGCAGUUUGUACGUUCACUUUCACCUAGCCUAAUAAUACUACAACGGUCUAGUACGAGUAGUUGCUUGUCCAAAGCUGCGUUCUUCUCAUCUAACGCUACAAUGUCCUUGGAGGAGGCAAAGAGAUGUGCUGCGUACAAGGCGGUUGAUGAGUACGUAAAGGAUAACACCGUCGUGGGAGUCGGAUCGGGCUCCACCGUGGUUUACGCGGUGCAUCGUAUAGCAGAGCGUGUGAAGGCAGAAGGACUUAAGCUAGUCUGCAUUCCAACCAGCUUCCAGGCCCGGCAGCUUAUUAUCGAGCACGGGCUAACUCUGGGUGAUUUGGAGUGCAAUCCUUCCUUGGACUGUGCUAUCGAUGGUGCGGACGAGGUUGAUGCCAAGAUGGUGCUUAUCAAGGGUGGUGGUGGAUGUUUGCUACAGGAAAAAAUCGUGGCGGCCUGUGCUGAGCGGUUAGUGAUCAUUGCAGAUUACACAAAAGACUCCAUGAAGCUUGGCCAGCAGUACCGUAAAGGCAUCCCCAUUGAGGUGACUCCGAUGGCUUAUGUACCGAUAAGGAACAAAGUGGAGACACGAUUUGGCGGCAGCUUGAAGCUACGAAUGGCGGUAGCAAAGGCAGGCCCCGUCGUUACUGACAAUGGUAAUUUCAUUCUGGAUUGGAGUUUCCCAGACGACAAGGUGCAUGAUUGGGAUGCAGUUAAUCGGGAGAUCAUGAUGAUGCCGGGUGUUGUCGAUACUGGCUUGUUUGUUGGCAUGGCAACGAAGGCGUACUUCGGGCAGAAGGACGGAACAGUAACAGAAAGAAGCGGCUAAUUGACUGGUAUUUGAUUUAUUUUUUAAUUAUUAUUCCUAUAUUGUGUUUUUUGUAUCAUAAUAAAUAGAAAUAAUAUACAAGUCGGA